AUGCCUCAACGGCAGCAGCAGCGGCAGCAGCAGCAACGACAGCAACAGCAACAGCAGCGUCAGCAGCAACAGCAGCAGACACAGGCGAUGCUGCGAAUGCGCUUUCUGCUGCUGCUGCUGGUGCUGCUGCUGGUAACAGAUUCAUCAGCAGCAGCAGCAACUGCAGCCAGAGCAGCAGCUCCCACUGCAGCAGCAACAGCAGCAGCAGCAGCAGCAACAGCAGAGCGGCAUCCUGGAAAUGGAGGCCAAAGCAAAGAGCUUCAAAGCCUACCACAGAAGUUGUACUUCUGGGGCAGCAGCAACAGCAACCAGAGCAAGAGCAGCAGGAGCAAGAACUGCAGCAGCAGCAGCAGCAGCAGCACGAGCAGGAACAGCAGAAGAUACAGCAGCACCAACUGCAGCAUGAGUGCCCAUGCGUCAUCGCCGCGGCUGCAUGAUUUGCUGCCGCAGCAUCUGCAGCAGCAGCAGCAGCAGCAGAGCUUGGAGCAACAGCAGCACGAACAACAGCAGCAACAACAGCGGCAGCAACAGCGGAAAAAGCAGCAGCAGCAGCAGCAGCAGAAUCAGCAGCAGAAACAGCAGAAAAAGCAGCAGCAAGGGCAAACAAGUCUGGAGGGUUCCUUACCCUCACGUGCUAUCCUGAAAGCAAAAGAGCACACAGCAGCAGCAGCAGCAGCAGCAGCAGCAGCAGCAACAGCCGAAGCAGCAGCAGUAGCAUUAGUAGCAUAUGACAGAGCUGCUGCUGCUGCUGCUGCUGCUGCUGCCUCUCGGAGGUUGUCAGGCUCAACGAACCCAGUGAGUUCUUUGGCUGGCUGCUGCCUCCUUAACGCUAAACCCUAA